ACAGCUCUAAGGAUCCAGACCAAGCAACUACACUUUUCUCACUCACCCACGACACAGCCUCUCGUCAUGGGGAGGAUUGCCAAGGAGGUGUCGGCCCAGGUGCUUGGGGUCAUUGGCCUCGUGGGGGUAGCGCUGACCACUGGCAUCCCCAUGUGGAGGGUUACCUCGUACAUCGGUGCCAACAUCGUGACAGCUCAGAUUGUGUGGGAUGGCCUGUGGAUGAACUGUGUGAUGCAGAGUACUGGACAGAUGCAGUGUAAGAUCAACUGGUCAGUCAUGAGUCUAUCCACUGACCUCCAGGCAUCGGGGGCCUUGGUCGUCAUCUCCAUCCUUGUCACCUUUGUGGGCCUGAUUUUCGCCUUCGUCGGGGGCAAGUGUACCAGCUGCCUGAAGUCUGAUUCUUCCAAGAGUAAAAUGACAAUCCUCGGAGGCGCCUUGCUGAUCCUUGGUGCCGUUUUGGUCAUCAUCCCCGUCUCCUGGUCGGCAGCAAUCACCAUCUUUGACUACAAUAACCCUCUGCUCAUUGCCACCCAGAAGAGAGAGCUUGGAGCUUCAAUCUUCAUUGGCUGGGGCUCCGGUGCGCUGCUAAUCAUUGCGGGGAUUCUCCUCUGCUCUUCAUGCCCUCCUAAGAAAGAGUAUGGGUACCCAGGAUAUCCUCAAAGGGCACCCCUGUACCCCUAUCCAGGGCAACCCAUGGUCCAGACAGGGCCUUACGGGAGAAUUUACACCCCAACCAGCAGACCAUACUCAGGGACAGGGUCAUAUGCACCAAGCAAGCCAUACGGUGCGCCAGUAGCAUACACUACCCCUGGACGCCCGCAGUAUAUCUGACAAAACGGAGUGGACGGGGGGAAAGCUCACUUAAAAUGGACCAAUCUACCUGGAUGCUUUUGAGAUAUUGUUUUUGUCUUUGUGUAAUGUCACCACAAAUAUGCUGAAGUUGUGUACUUUCAUCCACAUUCGUUGUUGUGUUGAUAGGUAGUGAUGAUGUAUUUUCAUUCAAUCUGUAAACAUGAAAAUUAUUCAGGGUGAAUGGCAUUCAUUAUGUUUAAGAGUGUAAUGCUGUUCAUUUAAGUGUUGACUGUAAAAAUCCUUGUCUUCAAAUCAAACCCAAAGCAACUGUUAUUUGUCAUAUUAAUUAAAAUGGGUUGACUAACUUAUGCGACAUUUUCCCAAAAUGCUCAGAAAUAGAUACAAAAGAAAUAC